AUUAUAUAAAAAAAAGUUUUUAUAUAUCAAAACUAAACAAAAGACGAGAAAAAAAGUGUAAAUACAUUUGGGAAGGCAACAGUUGUCGAUCUUCUGCGUUCAUUUUCCAUACUUUUUUACCAAUUGCCUUUGAUAUUGACGCUAAUUGACUGUCGCGAUGUCGUCUCUGACUGAUGCCACCGAGGUGCACGUUGCCAAGUGCCUGAGCUGCCCGGCUGAGGGCAACCUGGGCAGGCGCUACGAGUGCAUCGUUUGUGGCGACUCGGUGACCUACUGCGGCGACUGCUAUGACGAGGGCAAGAAUGUGCCCAGCGAGAAGCACAAGUACUAUCAUCCCAUGAAAGCUAUCUAUAAUCGCGAUUUCUUUGAGCUCUAUUUCCUCGGCGAGGAGAUGGUCAAUGGCGAGGCUCCGCAGAGCUACAAGUGCGCCUUCUGCGAUGAGCUGGGCUUCACGGCCGAGGAGCUGCAGUUGCACGUGGUCGAGAAGCAUAGCGGACACUGCGAUGCGCCCAAGCUGCUGGACAUUUUGGAGCAAAUGAAUGAGCAGAAGAAAUCCACUGAGAUACGCUGCCAGGAGAAGUCGCGCGGCGGCCUUAGCUAUGAGGUCAUCCUGGCCGAGCCAGCACCCAAUGUGGCAGUGCCCAAGCGACCCGUUACACCGGGCAAGAAUGUCAGCGUCGAGGAGAUUGAGCAGAAGCUAAAGGCAGCCGAGGAGCGUCGCAUUUCCUUGGAGGCACGCAAGAUGGCCGAGAUCUCCAUUAAGCUGGCCAAGGUGGAGGAAGCUACACGCAAAAAGGAUGAGAUCACCAACGAGUUCAUCACUCAGACCAAGGAGCAGCUGGAGACCAAAAUGGAGACUCACGUGGAGAAGCGCGAGGCCAUUAUCAGCGACAUGAAGGAGAAACUAAAGAUUCAUGCCCAGGAGAUUGAGAAGACGCGCGAGACUUUGGAGCAGCAAAAGGCCAAUGAGCAGAAGGCCAUUGAGGAGAAGUUGAAGACAGCUCAGGCUUUGCGCGAUGAGAACAUCAAGAAGAUGUUGAAUCGUCUCAAGGAGCACAACACAAUCAAAAUUGCUGAAAUCAAAACGCAGAAUAAUCAAUUGGAAAAUCAAAAGCUCGAGGAGAAAGCGCGCAUUAUCGAAAACAAAUUAUACACCGCCGAGCAGAAUCGCGAAAAGGAGUUGCUCAAAAAAAUUGAAAAAGCUCAGAAACUUGAACGUCGCGCUGAGGUCGUGCGUCAGAACAAGGCUCAGACUCAGGAUAUGGAGGGACAGCAGAGUCCCAUUGCCUCGUCGGGUUAGGGCGGCGUGUGGGCAACGGCUGCUUAAAAAGAAAACUUGCUCUGGCUUGGCCUGGGGCAAACAUGAGAGCGAGAGAGAGAAAGAGCGUCCCCAACACUCAACACACACAUACAUAACACACACAUACAUUUUAGCAAGCAAAACAGAUACUUGCUUCGAAAAAAAUUUCAAGUAUUAUAAAUGAAACUAAAAUUUCUAACAAAAAUUACAUUUUUCGCAAAGCAAAAGGCAGCGCAGGCAAAAAUAACAAAAGACGAUCUAUAACAACACUCUCAACUUUACACUACACAACAAAAGAAAAGAAAAAAGAAAAUUGCAAGCUGCAAAUUAUUU